AUGACUAAGGAUCCAGAAACCAAUGAUUUUAUGAUGAUUUUACAGUUUGCAAAUAAGGGAGCUUUGGGAAAUGUUCUUUCAAAAAAUUUUAAAAAUAUUUUAUGGAAAGACAAAAUUAAAUGUUUAUAUGAUUUAAUAUAUAAUCUCCAAAAUGCACAUAAGCUAGGCUAUUUUCAUAAAGACUUUCAUAGUGGAAAUUUAUUACAAAAUACAAAAUUUGGAAUAACAGAUUCUUAUAUCACAGAUUUUGGAUUAUCCGGACCAGCGAGUGAACAAAAAUCAAAUUAUAAAAUAUAUGGAGUAUUGCCAUAUAUUGCUCCAGAAGUCUUGGAUGAAAAGCCAUAUACUUCAUCAUCUGAUAUUUAUAGUUUUGGUGUAAUUAUGGCUGAGUUGUCGUCUGGGAAACCACCUUUUCAUAAUAGAAAACAUGAUUUUAAUUUGGCAUUAGAAAUAUGUAAUGGUCAUAGACCUGAAUUUGGAAAGGGAACCCCUGAUAUUUACAAGAAAUUAUCUUAUAAAUGCAUGAAUGCUAACCCAGGUGAAAGACCAACAUCUAAUGAACUACAUGAUACAUUAAAGCUUUGGUAUGGUGCAAUUAGAGGGUAUAAAGUAGAAAAAAGGGAAUAUGGAGGAAAAGAUAUAAAAGCUAUAUUUGAAGAAGCUGAUAAAGAAAUAGCAAAUAUUGUAACUUCAUAUAAAGCUAAUCCUGAUGCUAUAUAUGCCAGUAGAGCGUUUUCAUUUAGUAACUUACCAAAACCUGUCAAUUCAUCUGUAAUUACUUCAUAUCUUGAUGAAGAAGAAAAUGGAGGUUAG